AAACCCGAGUGGACCCAAGUGCGGUACAGUCACAGGGGCAACGCGGCGGCGAGGCGCGUGCCGAGCCCCGCGCCAAGCCCCGUGCCGCCUGAGAACUCAGGGGACGCACUGUGCUCCUGUAAUGUUGACCCGGAGGUGCUUAAACGGGUAGCGCGCCUGCCACCAGAAGAGGUCGUGCAGCUUGCCGACCCGGAGUGGUACAACCAGCGAGUGCGUGUACUUGUCAACGGAGUGGAAGCACUCGCGGCCCUAGAGCCAAGCGCGCGCUGCUCCCUCUUGCACCCCCGCCUUGUAAAUAGUGCUUUGGUUAGUGCAGAUAGGGUUAAACACGUGGUUUUCGGGGACUCGUACGCGAGUCCCGUCCUGGGUUUUUCCUUCGGGCUUCUUCAGCUCGAAGACGGUGUAAAAUUGGGUUUAAGGUUUAGAGUGAGUGAAAUACCAGUAGACUUAGUGCUAGGUAGUGAUUUCUUGUCUCGAGUGAACGACACUUGGCGGUGCACAGAGGACGGCCGUCUCGAGCCGGUGGCUGUGUGUGAAAUCGGGGCGAACACCGAGGAACUGUUCACGGUGCGUCUGCGCGUCGACGGGCUGCAAUUACGAGCCGCCAUCGACACCGGAGCGACACGGACAGUACUCCACUCUCGCUUCCUCACAGACAGCAAGGCCCUCAAGGCGGCCAACGUGUCACUGCGCAUCGCCAACAGCGCUAGGCUUAAAGUGCACGGGCAGUACUCGCCCCUGUUUGAGUUUGACGGUGGACCGGCCCUCGAGCAUCCUACAAUUGUCGCCGACAUGCUUCCAGUCGACAUUUUGCUGGGUAAUGACCUCUUGCGACGCCUCAAAGGCGCGGUCGACUGGAAGACGGAGACGGCGCGUCUCGAAUGGGCUGGGGUCGAAUAUCUCCUUCCGCGUUGGGCAGACGGCGGCGGCGCAUCCGCCGAGCCGCGGGCAACAACGGCUUCAAAUAUCCUGGUCGCGGAAAGCCGCAGACUGGGCGACAUCGACGUUUCCGCGGCUCACGAUUCUCCAAUUUCACUGCUCACGUGCAACGAAAUGCUCCUGGAGCCACGACAGCUCACGGCGGUGCAGGUGCACGCCGGGCACGUGGUGCCAGAGCUGCCGGCUGUCUGCACGCCCAAGCGCUUGCUGGGCUCGGACAGUAUCUUUUCCCUUGAAUCCGUUGUCACUUCCGCAAUGGAAGUCUACAUUCUCAACGACUCUGACGAGCAAGUCACAUUACCCGCGGGUACGCGCGUCGCGACCAUCGACUUCGAGGACCGGGGUUUGGACCCCGCCACGGUGGUGCCAGGCAGUCUGGGCGAAGUCUGCUGCGCCGUAGCCGGCGGCAGGCUCGAGCUGGAGUCGUGUGACGAUCAGCUGAGCGGCACACUGUGCAGCGUGGCCGAGGGCGCUGGGGUCGCCGACCGGCCGCCGCUCCCCUCCCUCGAAGAAGCGGACAUCUCGCCCGCGCAGCGCGACAAAGUGCGCCACUUGCUUCACAAUUACCGACAUGUCUUUGCUUAUGAACUAAAGCCAGGAGCAUUCAUUCCCAAUGCGUGGGCGCAUCUCGAGCGCAAGGUCAAUUCCACCAUCUUUAAAAAGAAUUGGCCUUGGUCCGAAAUGCAACGCCGCCUCGCCGAGCAGGAAGUUGCUAAACUCCUUAAGGCGGGAGUCAUCGAGGAAGGCUUCGCUAAGUUCUGCACCCUCCCUGUGUUUGUCAUCGCGAAGCGCGGUUCCACUCUAGAGGCCCCCGUGGGCCGCGUCUUGCUGGACGCGCGUGCUCUCAAUAACACGCUGGCCGAGUACAAGUACAAGGCCACCACGAUCAGCGACGCGCUUCGCUAUUGCUCUGAUAAAAACCUUCUCUGUGUAGGUGACAUUGUGUCCUACUUUUUCACUAUACGCGUAACUGACGAAUCUAAGGAGUACCUUGGAUUUCAAGUGGGGGAAAAGCGCUACCGCUUUACCCGACUCGCUCAGGGCCUGAAAACGGCCCCCCAGAUUGCGCAGUCCAUGAUGGGCUACGUCCUAGCCGGCCUGCCAGUGUGUAGCUACCUCGACGAUUUAAUCGUCGGGGGCACCGACUUCGAUUCCCUGUUUAGCGUUUUCGAGCAAACGCUCCACCGCCUCUCCGCUAACAAUCUCUGCCUCCGCCCCGACAAAACGAUUCUUUUCCGCAAAACUGUCCCAAUGCUCGGCGUCAUUGUCGAGGCGGGGCGCAAAGUCAGGCCGGACAAGAGUCGUUUCCGACCCCUUUUGGCUCUAAAAUAUCCCAAGAACGCGAGGGCGCUCAAGUCCUGCAUCUGUUUUCUUUCGUAUUAUCGCCGGUACAUUCCAAAAUUCGCUAUCAGAACCUCCCACUACAACGAAAUGGCCAAUGAAAAGUGCCCUUUCGUGUGGACGGAGGAGAACGCGGCGGACAUCGAAUCGAUGUACACCCACCUGUUAAAUAAUGCCACUUUGUCCCUUUUCGAUGAGAAACGCCCGACCAAGCUGCACGUCGACGCGUCCCAGCUUAUCGGUGUCGGGGCUUUCCUUGCUCAAAAGGAAGGCAACUACUACCUUCCGGUGGGGUACUUCUCGGCGAACCUCAACAAGACCCAAAAAGCGUGGUCCUCCUUUCACCUCGAGUGCCUUGCGCUUUUCUCUGCAGUCCGCUGCUUCGAGAGCGAGCUGCUCUCGGUAGAGAAGUUCACAGUCGUUACCGACUGCUCCUCGCUGCGCUACCUGCUCUCAAUGCAAGCACCGAAAGCGCCUCUUGACCGAUUCAUCGCGUACCUCUCUACGUUUACUUUUGACUUCGAAGUGGUCGGUACGCGUGAUAACAAAAUCCCCGAUAGUCUUUCCCGCCUCCACACCGUGGACGGCGACAUUCCCCUCCCCGCGUGCCUGGACACGGAGUUCAACGCCGAGGCCCCGCAAGAAGGCCACGGCGCCGUGCUCCAGGUCAUCACGCGGGCCGCGCGGCGCAGGGCCGCCGAGGAGGUGGGCGGCCCCACAGGACAAUGGAAAUCUGUUGCCAAUACGGGCGGCCUAAACUUGCUUGUACACCCUGAAGCCAGAGUGGCAACGGGUUCCCUAGAAGUAUCGAUCCAAACAAACUUGCCAAAGCUCGACCUUCAAAUCUCCAAACCUGAAAUUAAAAACUACGACCUGUUGCCCAUCCGCGCUAAGCGCGAAGCGUGGUUCCCAAGUUGGGGUAGAUUCAACAAGAGGUUGACCGGCACGGCAACAGAAGCAGAUCUUGACAUUGUAAUUGACCGGGUCAACAACAUUAGCCAUGCAGUCAUCAAAACAGAGAGUGAAGCUUUGGCACGCCGCGGAGCAAGGUUUGUCUUCGAUGUUAGUGAAAUAGAAUAUAUUUAUAGUUUUCCCUCUACCUCCUGCUCUGUUUCUAAAGACUUCUCCACUAUGACUCUUGUCGUCCUCCUACCUGUUGCUCCCAUUGCCUCCUCGUGGCGUGUCGUUGAGUUCGAGCCGCUUGACUUCCUGCACCAAGGACUCACGUGCCGAGUCCUGGAGGACUCUGUGCGUCUGGCCAUCAGCGCGGACGGGACGCCGCUGCCCCUACACGACGACCCGGAGGGCACCGUGCCGGUCUACUACCUGCGCCGGCACGCCAGCCCCGAACACCUGUCACCGUGCUUGCGCGCCCUUGCCAAGGACGACACCAUGGAGGCGCUGACGGAGGCAUGCGUGCUUCACUGCGAGGAUAGGCGAACGACGACGACUCAGCACAUCCGCGGCAACACCUACGCGAUCCUGAACCCCACGGUCGAGGUGCAGCUGAUUUGCAACAACAAAGUACACCAACGCCUGCACCAGCUUCAGGACGGGCGCCACCAGGUCGACAUGCCGUGCAACUGCUUGGCGCAGACGUCAUCGACACCGCCGGAGACUAUCAUCGAGUUGGGCACCAUCUGCACCUCGACGGCGGCGGUGCGGGUGUCCAGGAUCUGGGCCGAGUCGAACUUCACUGCCCAGGCGGCAAUCGGGGGAGGCAUCUCGUACACCAACUACUCGACGGAGCACCUCCCACCCGUACAUGUUAUCACACCGCGGCCGCCAGUGACAGGGCACUUCUGGGCGGACCUGCCCCUAUCAGGCAUGUCCCACGCCGAGUUCGGGCUCUGGUCCGCCCUUUCGCUGAUCAUCGCCGGCCUCGGCGUCUUCGCCGCUGUCGCAGCGUGCUGCCCUACAACCACCAUGACAUCCGGGCUCGGCAUCGUAUCCACUCUGCUCGCGUCGUGCUGCCGCAAUCCGGCAACUCCAAGACGGCUAGCCAAGCCUGCUGCCGCGCCCCAGCCCUCAAACGACGCGGACCAGCAGGGGGACACCGAGACCCGCCAGCAGGACGACGACGGCGGCGACGCAACGCUCGCUGUCACGCUCAGCAGGGACAUGGGUGUACAUGUCCAUACCACCUUCCAGUGA